GUAAAAAUAGCAGAACUCGAAGCCCUCACACGCUUUCUCUCUCUUUCACUCUCUCUCUCUCUCUCGCUCUUUCUGCCAAUCCGCCAAUCCUCGACGGUGGCCCAGAUUUAGAGGCUUUCUCUACUGUAAGAACCGCUUUUUUCUUCUAAAAUAAAUACAUCUUCGUCGGUGCUCAAUAAGAAACAGUCUCUCUUCUUCUCUCAAUUUUUUCUUCCUUAACAUUCUCCGAAACUACGAGAUUCAAGAACAAAGCUCAGGUGUAUGUAAUGCGUAUAAUGCAACAGUCUGUACUCGUUUUACAGGGUGAGUUUUGUUCUUCCAUUGCCAAUUUUGAAGAAAAAGUUGGUUUUGAAUGGUAUGUUACACAUUUAUGGCUGUAAAUACAUUUGCGAAUAGCAUACUGGAGUUGUGGUAUUUUUAGUCUUUAGUCAAAUUAGUAAUCCGAUUCUGGUCAACAUUGAUAUUCUUUUAUUUGUUCUUUAAAUUGAAUGUCUCAUAGUUGUAGUAAAACACCAUACACAUAGAAGUGCUAAUAUACACCAAUAUUAGCCUUCUAUUUGUCAUGUCAAAGGCUGAGUACAUGGAUGUUUCCCCAUUACAAGUGAAUGAUCAGAAUGGAAAUGAUUCAUGCUCUACACAAAUUACAUCAGAGCUGACAAAUAAAUUUGAUGCUGAAUGUGCACAUACUGAACCACCCAAACUACAAGAUUUGCCUGAUUCUGAAGGAUUGCAAAAUAAGCCUCAAGAGAUUAGCACUCCAGUAACCAACAUUCAUCCUAACCAGAGAUUUUCUGGAGAUGUGAGCCAUAGUAGUGAAACAAAUAAAGUUCCAUGCUCUCAGCAAAUUCCGUCAGAGCAGAAGAAUGAAUUUGCUGCUGAAUGCAUACCCAGUGAACAAUUAGAAGUAGAGCCUUAUUUAGAUUCUGAAAUCAUAUUUAAAGAACUCAAAAAAACCAGCACUGUCAUGUGCAGUCCUGUUGAUAAUGAAAACUUGGGACUGGUUGCCGAAAAUGUGAGCAACAGUAUUCAGACUGAUACUGAACAGACACUUCAGGUUGGUUCGGGACAUGGGUGUAAUGAUUUCAAUGCUGAAUCUAUACGUAGUGGACUAUUGGAACAGAAACACCAGCUUGGUUCUGAAAUCAUGCUAAAUGAACCAGCAGACACUGAUGCCAUGAUAACCAAUGGUGCUGUAAAUGAAACUUUGCAAUCGCUUGCGGAGGGUAUCAUCAAGAUUUGUCACACUAAAGGUGUGAACAUGAGUAGUCAGACUGGAGAAAAUUCAUGUUCUCAACAACCUACAUCAGAAAAGGCACUGGAGCUGACCGCUGGAAUCACAAGCUGUGAACAAUCAGAAGUAAUUUGUAAAGCUAGUUCUGAACUUCUGAACCAAAGUUCUUCUAUUGAAAAUUUAAAAGAACCUGAUGAUCCUAUUAAGGUUCCUGUUGUUGAACAUUUGGAACCAUCUUGUGAUGACAUGGUUAAAAAUUCUUGUCAUUCAGAGACACCACCUAAAGAUGUGGUAAAGAACUCUACUUGCUUGGGCCGUGAGGGCAAAAAAGCUUCAAAAUCAUUGAAGAAAAAAUAUAUGUUAAGAUCUUUAAGACGCAAUGAUAGAGUUCUUCGCUCAAGGUCACAAGAGAAACCUAAAGCUCCUGAGCCAAGUAAUAACUUGGCUGAUGUUAGUUCUAGUGGAGGGAAAAAAAUAAAGCAGAAGAGAAGAGAGAAGAAGAUAGUAGCUGAUGAAUAUUCAAGAAUCAGGACACAUCUAAGAUAUUUAUUGAACAGAAUUAACUAUGAGCGAAGUCUGAUCUCUGCAUAUUCUGGGGAAGGCUGGAAAGGAUUGAAUGUUGAAAAAUUAAAGCCAGAGAAGGAACUUCAACGAGCCACAUCUGAAAUUCUUCGACGGAAAUUGAAAAUUAGAGAUUUGUUUCAACGUCUUGAUUCACUUUGUGCUGAAGGGCAGUUUCCAGAAUCGUUAUUUGAUUCUGAUGGACAGAUUGACAGUGAAGAUAUAUUCUGUGCAAAAUGUGGGUCCAAAGACUUGUCUACCGAUAAUGAUAUUAUACUAUGUGAUGGUGCUUGUGAUCGCGGAUUCCACCAAGUCUGCCUGGAACCACCUUUGUUAAAAGAAGAUAUCCCUCCUGACGAUGAGGGUUGGUUGUGCCCUGGAUGUGAUUGCAAAGUUGACUGCAUUGACUUGGUCAAUGAGUCACAAGGAACAAAUCUUAUUAUCACUGACAACUGGGAGAAGGUUUUUCCUGAAGCAGCCGCAGCUGGACCUAAUCAAGAUCCCAACUUUGGACUUCCUUCAGAUGAUUCUGAUGAUACUGAUUAUAAUCCUGAUGAUCUACGAACUGAUGAGAAGGAUCAGGGAGAUGAAUCAAGUUCUGAUGAAUCUGACUUCACUGCUGCAUCUGAUGAAUUGGAGCCCUUAGCUAAUAACGAGUACUUGGGGCUUCCUUCUGAUGAUUCAGAGGAUGAUGACUAUGAUCCAGAUGCUCCAGUACUUGAUGAGAAAAUUACACAGGAAAUUUCAAGUUCUGAUUUUACGUCUGAUUCUGAGGAUCUUGCUGCUGUUAUUGAAGAUAACAGGUGUUCUGGAAAUGAUAAAGGUGCCACAUCUGUCAGUCCUCUCGGAGAUUCUAAUGGGCAGAUGUCAAAAUGUGGUGGAAACAAAGAGUCUUUAAAUAAUGAGCUGUUAUCCAUAUUACAGGCGGGGCAAGAUGGUUUAGGACCUGCUUCUGAGAAAAGAAGUAUUGAAAGGUUGGACUACAAGAAGUUAUAUGAUGAAACGUAUGGAAAUGUUUCUUCUGAUUCAAGUGAUGAUAUAGAUUGGACUGAUGAUGAUGGGCCAAGAAAAAGGACGAAGAGGACUGGAAAAGGUUCUCCAGUGUCACCAAAUGGAAAUGCUCCUAUCCCUAGGAGUGGAAAGCAAAAAAGGGAUAUGAAACGAAACCAAAAAGAGACUGAACAAUGUCCUAACAGAAUAACUUGUCAAAAGGUGAACUCUGAAAAUAGAAAUACAUCACCAGCUAAAUCACAUGAAGUUUCCUCGACACCUGGUUCUAGUGGUAAAGCUGAGAGGUCAUCAUAUAGAAGAUUGGGCGAAGAUGUGACUCAGAGACUCUACAAGUCCUUUAAAGAAAAUCAAUAUCCCAACCGUGCAGCAAAAGAAACUUUAGCAACCGAGCUUGGAAUUACUUUUUCGCAGGUUAGCAAAUGGUUUGAGAAUGCUCGCUGGAGUUUCAACCAUUCAUCGCCUGUGGAUGCUAAACUGGGCAUAAGUGCUUCAGAAAAGGGCACCUUCAUGCCUCAGUCAAACAAGAAUCGAGGCAGAAGACUUUCCACUGGAAAUGGAGCUGAAAAUGUGGAAUCAUCUAAUACAGUUGUUCAUGAUAUGGAACAUAUCAGGGAGGUUAUAAUGAAUAGCAAAUUGGUGACUCAGGAAAGUUAUCGAAACAAGUCUACAGCCCCAAAUUCUAGAAAUAGAAUGAGAAAGGGGAAAUUGGGUCAUCAGGCAUCUGAUCUCCCAGCUGAUUCAGCAGAAGCUCAAGAAACACAGACAAGUGGCCGGACUCAGACACGAAGAAGGAAAACCGUUGUUUGAGAAAACAAGUUCUUGAUCUACCUAGGUGAACAAAUGACCACUGACCUCAUUCAAGAGCGAUAUCUUAUGAGAUGAGCAGAUCACAUUAUCUUGAAGGUUACCUGCUAUCACAAAGGCAAUCCCAAGAUUACAGGAAUUGUUGUUCUAUUCUUUAAUAGGCUCUUCGGGUUUUUCCUCCUCCAGGUAAGUUGCUUGACCUAUCACAAGGAUGCUAAAUAAAACUACUUAAUCAAUUUGGCUCAUAUUAAAUUUCAAAGUUUUGGUUAUAGUAAGCAUGCUUUAUGUGGUUAUUGGAUGUAUUCAAAACUUUGAACUGUGAACCACCCACUUAUGUGAGCUGUGGACACAGUGCUUGUUAAGUUGUUUCCAUGAACCUUGAAGAGUAGUGAGGCUCGCCAAUUUUACAGUGUUAUUCUUUGGGUUUUGGCUGAGCUGUUGUGAAUGAUUGAUAGAUACUUGUAGGUUAGGCUGCCCGGAUGUCCCAGGGUUGCUGCAAAUUGUAGCCUACGGCAUUUAGAUGUUAAAAAAUCAAUAUUUAGAAACGGCAAUUCUGUUACAGUUCCAUGAGGUAUUACUUUAAUAUUAGAUAGGGAGAGAACCCAAAGCUUAAAAUUUAUUUAUUUCUUUAUUUUGUUGUUCAUAUUGACCGAAUGAAUCGCCACUUUUGAUGUCCAACUUAGACCAUAUUUAAGAGGCAAUAGGUAUAUCUCUGGCAAUGGCAGUGACUUCGAACAAUUUUGUAGUGACAAGUCGA